AUGGGAAAGAGAAGGUUUCAGAAAGCAAAUGAACCGUCAGUGACGGUAUCAGAAACUUCCUGUCCGUCGGGGUCUCAGACAACAAGGAGACGAAGGGGAAGGCCGAGGAAGAAUCUUGAGAGUUCAGAAGAAAAUAAGGAAGAAUCUGAAGAAGACGAAGACUACGAAGAAGUUGAGAUUAUUGACAGAGAGAAACAGAAGAGGAAAGUUAGACGUAGCACUAGUGUGGAAGAAGAGCAAAAGUGGAGACAUGAAGACUUACAGAAUGAGGAGGAUGAGAAGAAGCCGGAUACGACGGUGAAGGCAGUUGCACCGCUGUCACAUAGACGGUCGAGGAGGAAGAACACACCGGUGAAGAGCUGGUAUCAAUAGGCUUAAAAUAUUGUGUGUGUUCAUCGUUUAACUAUUGUUGAGUUAUAAAUUAGUUAAGAACCAUGAUGAGAAAAAGAUCUUUGAUUUAUAAUUUCAUGAAUCCGAUAAAAACAAGUUUUGCCAACAA